UGAUUUUCGUGCUGCCGGAAAAUAUGCCGAUAAAUCUGAAUAUUGGAAUAUUAGGACAUGUGGAUUCUGGGAAAACGACUCUGGCCAAAGCCCUGAGUGCCAUAGCCAGCACGGGGGCGUUUGACAAGAGUCCACAAUCCCAGGAAAGAGGAAUCACGCUGGAUUUGGGCUUCAGUGCUCUCCAAGUUGAUCUACCGAGUCACUUGGAGUCUCCCAAUGUAGACGACAAGCUUCAGUACACCUUCGUCGACUGUCCUGGUCAUGCAAGCCUCAUCCGGACGAUCAUCAGUGGAGCUCAGAUAAUAGACUUCAUGAUUCUGGUGCUGGACGCAGUGAAAGGGAUUCAGACGCAAACGGCGGAGUGCAUCGUGAUCGGCCAGCUGACGUGCAAGAAGAUGUUGGUGGUGCUGAACAAAAUAGACUUGCUGGAGGACAAGAAACAUCAGGUGAUUGAGAAGAUGACGAAGAGGAUGAAAAUCACUCUCGAAAGUCUCAAUAUUCUGGGAUCUCCUGUGGUUCCCGUCUCAGCCACAACUGGAGAGAAUCUUCAGCUUCUCCUGGACACCAUAAAGUCAUUCUCCUUCAUUCCAAGUCGGCGAACGGACAAGCCUUUCCUCUUUGCCGUUGAUCACUGCUUCAGUAUUCGUGGCCAAGGGACGAUUUGCACGGGAACUGUGCUUCAGGGCAGCGUCCGAGUGAGUGAUGAAGUGGAAGUGGCUCAGUUGAAGCUCUCCCGGAAGGUGAAGUCCAUCCAGAUGUUCAAGGAACCGCUGCAAGAGGCCAAGCAAGGAGAUCGCAUAGGAAUCAGCAUUACUCAAUUCGAUUCCAAAGCACUGGAAAGAGGAUUCAUCUGCAAGUCCGGCAGCAUUAUUCAGUGUCGCUGUGGCAUCAUUAAGCUCUCCCGGAUCUCAUUCUACCGCUCAGGAAUCGCCUCUAGCCAGAAAUUCCACAUCACUGCUGGCCACGAAACAGUUCUAGCCAGUGUUGUUCUGUUUUCCGGGAAGAUUUCAAGCUUCUCUUUUGAUCAUGAGUACAAAUUCCUCGAGGAAAUGCCUGUCGAAGAUGCACAAUCUCUUCCCGAGAACGUCUUCGUGUUGCUUCAGUUCGAAAGACCGAUUCCUGUCAUCCCAGAGAUGCUUGUGAUCGCUUCGAAACUAGAUCUCGAUGUUGCAACAACUUCCUGUCGUCUUGCCUUCUUUGGGAAUCUCCUGGAAGUGACAGAAGACAAGGAUUUCACCACAAACUUCCUCCCCAGACUGAAAAUCUUCAAGGAAAAGACGAAGAGAGGCACAAUCCAGAGACUGAUCAAUGAUUCCGAAGCCAUUGCGGCGAAUCUACUGAAGCCUGGAAGUCGCGAAGUCUUCCUGGGCAUGGAAAUCCAAUUGGCCACUGGAGAAGUGGGAACAAUUGAGAGCACUUUCGGCCAGACGUCAAAAGUGAAGUUGCGCUUCAAAGCACCGCUGAAAAGCAGCACAAUUGAGAGCAUAAAGAGCAAAUCCGGACCAAUUGCUGUUGAGUUGCGCUUCAAGAAGUUCAUCUACGAUCGCCAGCGGCGAAUUCUUCAGUGAGGGUAAGUCAAUUUUGUAUUUCCUAUCAUCAUCAUCUACAA